AUGCCCGGAGCCCGUGACCCCCGGCGGGCGCGCGAAGCACUCACUCCCACGCGUGAGGAGCCGCGGCAGGAGAAGGCGGAGAGCGGGCUGGCGCCGGUGGCCGGGACGCCCCGGCAGUGGCCUGCUCCGCUGCCGCUGCCGCCUCUGCGUCAGGCUGGGCCCGGCAGCCUCCUCCCUCUCCGGCCGCGAUCACUCUGGCUCCUGAGCGAGCUCGUCCCUGCCCCGGCUCCCCCACGCGCCCGAAAGCGCCCUGCUCUGCUUGGCCCCGGCGACUUGCCGACAGGCAAGGGGGCGUGGAGGGCGAUCCAGACCUACACCCGCAGGGAGGAUUCCGCCGUGGGAGAGGAUUAUUGGACCUCACGAACCCCGAGAGUAGCAUGA